AUGAGAUUUAUCAAAACGGAAAGAAAUUNUCACACCCAGUUUCUCCAGAACUACCCCUCACUGUCAGCACUCAGUGAGUCUACACACUCAUCCAGCAUCAAUAUUCGUCCUCUGAGAUACUUUGAGGAUGUGACUGCAGCUGUUUCAGGGAUUUGGGACAUACUGCAGGACAUUUUGAGAGACACAUUGACAAACAUCUCACUAUCACUUACUAAGGUAAAGGUUUUAGACUCUGAAACAGAACCAAAGACCCGAGCUGAGUUCCUCAGAUAUUCAAAUGAAAUUACGCUGAAUCCAAACACAGCAAACAGAAAAUUGUUCUUAUCGGAGGGAAACAGAAAAGCGGCCCUAAUAGAACAGCAAGAGUCUUAUCCUGAUCAUCCAGACAGAUUCACUCAAAGAUGCCAGGUUCUGAGUAGAGAAUGUCUGACUGGACGCUGUUACUGGGAGGUGGAAUGGAGCGGGGGAAGAGUCGAUGUUGCAGUUUCAUACAAAAACAUCCGUAGGGAAGGAUGGUCAGAUGAAUGUUUAUUUGGAUUAAAUGAAAAUUCUUGGUCAUUAUAUUGCUAUGCAACAAGUUACAUAUUUUAUCACAGAAUUCAAACUUCAAUAUCCGGUCCAGUUUCCUCCAGACUGGGAGUGUACCUGGAUCACAGAGCAGGUAUUCUGUCUUUCUACAGCGUCUCCUCCUGCCUUUCUACAAUGACUCUUCUCCAUAGAGUCCAGACCACAUUUAGUCAGCCUGUUUAUGCUGGGAUUGGGCUUUAUGACAAUGGAUCAUUUGCCAAGUGUGUUCAACUAAAAUAGUCACAAUUAAAAUGAGGUUCAGUUGGUCAAAAUUUGUAUUUUACUUCCAGUUUCUUUAGUAUCGAUCAUUCUUGCUAAGAGAUCACUGUUGUUUCUGUUACAAAUAAUUUAUUUUAUGUUAGAAAAUGUAAUGGUA